AUGACUGUUGGUGUUGAAGGGUUACUACCUCUACGAUGCUUGUUGGUUGACCAUUACGAUUCCUAUACUCAUAACUUGAAGGAUAUUUUCGAGAGUAUCUUAGGGUCAGGAAAUGUUGAUGAGGUUAAAUGUGAUGAUUCCAAGCCGCAGGCGGCCGAACUAGACCUUACACUAUACGAUAUGAUAGUGCUCUCUCCUGGCCCUGGUGAUCCUAUCAAUGCUGAUGAUCUGGGUACCCUAACUAGUACUAUUCUAGCUAUGUAUUCGGACCCUCAUCGUAGAUUGCCAAGCGUAUUGCCCAUCCUAUUUGGGGUAUGUUUGGGUCAUCAGGCUAUUGCUACUGUGUUUGGUGGGAAGGUGGUGGCCUCUACUCCAGCUAGGCAUGGUUAUCGUGCUGCAGUCGUGUUGGCUAAUAAGGCGAGUGGUAUCUUUGCUGAUGUCCCUGCUCAGUUCUCGGCGAUUCGUUAUCACUCUUUAGAGGUGGAAAAGGAAAGUCUUCCGGAGUGCUUGGAGGUAUUGGCAUGGUCUUGGGAUGAUGUUGAGAUGCAAGUCGAGAGGUGUACAAUCGAUCACGCGAUCGAUUUGGAUAGUCCAUCAUGGUUACGGAAUCUUAGAGAGAACUGCUGCAUACGGAAGAAGGGAUCAGGCAGUAGUCGACGGGUUGUCAUGGCAUUACGACAUGUUCAAUUGCCGGUCUUUGGAGUCCAAUUCCAUCCAGAGUCUGUAUGCUCGGAGUUUGGCCUCCAGAUAUGCUCUAAUGUAUGUCGUAUUGCUAGAGAUAGACGCUUGGAUGUAUGUAGGCGACCGAGGAGUAAUCUCUGCCUUUCAAGCCCCAGUCUGCCAAUCCGCGGAGGUUCUACUCCCAGGGAUGGCAAUUUGCAGUUACUUUCUCGGAGGUUCCCUAUUGGUGAUAGUUUUGACUCGAGGACCUUCUUUGAAUAUUUCUUCUGCAAUUGCGUGGACGUAGCGACAGACGAAGUAGCCCCGGUGGCCUGGUUAGACUCAGCUAAGCCCAGUAAGCAUUCGAGUGAUGGUCGAUACACGUUUAUGUGUGGUGGAAGGCAGCAUGCCCGGGGAUCGAACCUGUGCGUUGUGGAUGAGAAACUGCACGUCAUCUGGGGGCACGAUAGUAUAUUGAAGCCUGUGGACUUGGGAAGCCUAAGUGCUGAUCUUGAUUCCUUUACUCUGCUUGAAGAGUAUUGUGAACAACUCCGUGGUAGAGUUGUUGGAGUAUCUGUAUUAUCCGACCUACCUCCUCUGAUCCCCCCUUGUGUGAUAGGAACUCUGGGCUAUGAUGGCAACUCUACACUAUAUAUCGUUACUGAUAGACUUAUCAUAAUCGAUCACUCGAUCGAUUGUGUAUGGGCUCUACAGGUGGGUUGUGAUGAUGAGGAGUGGUUUAAUACUAUCGAUGAGGCUCUGAAGGGAUGCAAGGCCUCCCUUCCCCACACCUUUUGCCCGGUGGUCAGCCACCUACCAAUUGAGAUGACUGUGAGAGACUCUCGGCAGUGCUAUAUGGAUAAGGUUGAGGCAUGUCAACAGGCCAUCGCCUUUGGUGACAGUUAUGAACUGUGUCUUACCACCCAGAUAACAGCAUGUUCCUCCAAUGGGUCUCCCGUCUGCUGCCCGUUAUGCGCUUAUAUACGCUUGAGAGAGCGUAACUCUACGAACUACAGCGCCUUUGUUUACAUGCCUACACUGGGGUAUAUAGCAUGUGGGUCUCCAGAGAGGUUUUGUAAAGUAGGGGAGGGCGGCUGGGUUGAGAUGAAGCCAAUUAAGGGUACACGUCCCAGGGGGCAAGAUGCAGCUGAGGACGAGAGGCUAGUGAAGGACUUGGCUAAUAGCCCUAAGGACUUUGCGGAAAAUCUAAUGGUAGUCGACUUAGUACGUAACGAUCUCAAUACGGUGUGUGAGACGGGUAGCGUCCAUUGCCCUAAACUGAUGCAAGUGGAGACCUAUGACAAUUACCAUCAGUUGGUAUCAACAGUCAGUGGUCGCUUACCAGAGGAUGCCUCUCCAGUGCAAGCAUUGAGGGCAUUGUUCCCGGCUGGCAGUAUGACGGGUGCACCCAAAGUUAGGUCUUGUCGUAUACUCGAUAGUUUAGAAAGUGGACCAAGAGGCAUCUACUCUGGGGCUAUCGGAUAUAUAUCCCCACUUACUCGAUCGGCCGAUAUGGCUGUGGUCAUCAGAACUCUCAUAUUCAAUGGUGGGUCGAUGACCACAGGGUGUGGUGGUGCUAUAGUUGCUGCCUCGAACCCUAUAGAGGAGUGGGAUGAGAUCCUAGUGAAGGCCCGUCCACAGCUAUGGUCAUUGACAGACAGGGAGGUAUUGCUCACAACAGAGGUUGGGGUUAAAGUACUCCUCUACCCAAAGGUAGCUUGUUUGGAUAAACUCAACCUCUUUGAGACUAUGUUAUUACGGAGUGAUGGUAGGAUAGAUUUUAUUGAUGAGCAUGCUCACAGGUUUGCCAAGAGUGCUGCUACCCUAUGGGGGGUAGACCAAGCAGUGGCUAACAGGGCAUUCAGGACUGUACUGGAUGCCAGAGUUAUGGGGAUAAGUGGGCCUAGACGACUACGAUUGGAGAUGAGCUGUGGCCUUGUCGAGGAAAGGUGGACUUGUGAGGAGUGUCCUACCCCUAUAUCCUGUCAGUACCUCCACCUAGCUGAGUUUGGUGUGGACCACUCGGACCUAAGGCUGAGGCAUAAGACCAAUGAUCGGAGGCUCUAUCCACCUCCCGUACAGUCUUCAUGUAUACUCUAUAAUGAGCGUAGUGAAGUCACUGAGACCCCCAUCGCGAAUAUCGGUCUCAGAGGGGAUGACGGGCUAAUCAUCACCCCUCCAGUAGAGUGUGGUCUCCUACCAGGGUGCUAUAGGAGGUGGCUACUAGACAGUGGUAAGGCUAUUGAGAGGAUCAUUACAUUGGAGAUGCUGAAGGAAUACAUACAGGCUGGUCAUGAGAUAGUGGUAGUAGUAUUGACGGCUUAUGGUUUUCAUCAUCGUCCUCCUUUCAGUGUUUCAACAGUGUUCGUGGCAUUUGGCGAGCCAAGAUUGAGCCUGACUUACUCUCAUGAAACUAGUUUCAACACGUUUCUUACUACUCUCACUGUGGCGUCCUGGGUCCGCCUAUAUUCGCUGUAA